UCUCUCUAUGUAUAUAUCUAUAUAUAUUACCUCCCACUGUUGUCUAUCAUUGCUCACAUGCCUCACCUUUAGAAAUGUCACUCUCCUUCUUAAAAACCUCUUGAAGCUCAUCCAUCCAUCAUAGACUCCUUUCUUCACCAUUAAUGCACACCUCAUUCUGAAGGAGGAGAGAGAUCAGAUACGGGCAUGAAACCAAGCUUCGCCUCUCUCUUCUCUAGAGUGAGGCCGAUGGCUUCCUCUCCUCCUCCUCCUCUUCUCAACGAGUCAUGCCUGUCGAACUCGUCGUCAGGCGAGUGGGAGAGCUUCUCGGACGGCGACGCCGUCGAAGCGGUCAUCCACGGGCUGAGGUCGUCGGACAGGCUGUUCUUCGAACCAGGCACGACGAGCUCGAUGGUGGAGGAGGCGGCCAAGUCCGACGUCGACGGCGCUCCGUUCGAGGGGAGCAUCGCUAUGGCGGUGGAGUCGGAGGACCCUUAUCGUGACUUCAAGCAGUCGAUGGAGGAGAUGCUGCUGGCGCAUGGCGUGGGAGACUGGGCGUGGCUUCAGCAGAUGCUGGAAUGGUAUUUGCUGCUCAAUGGGAAGAAGAAUCAUGGGUUUAUAAUAGGAGCAUUCAUGGACUUGCUUUUGGGCAUUGCUUCUUCUUCCUCUUGUUCUUCUUCUUCUUCUCCUUCAUCCUCUUCUUCCAGUUCUUUUACCUUCGAGAUCGAGGAGGAGGAGGAGGAGGUGGUGGAGGAGGAGAUGAUGUGAAGUGGAUGCAGUUUGACGUCCAUCCUAUUCGAUCACUGUAGCCAUGGGAAGCAGAGUACACUCAAACAUGACUUGCUGCUAAUAGCAUGGAUGUGGAUUUU